AUGGAGAAGUCGGUCGUCAUGACUCAGCGCUGGCGCAGCGAGAACUUCGAGCGGCCCGUGGACCUGGAGGGCUCUGGAGACGACGACUCCUUCCCCGAUGACGAGCUGGGCGACCUGUACUCGGGGUCGGGCUCGGGCUACUUCGAGCAGGAGUCAGGCAUUGAAACAGCCGUGCGGUUCAACCCAGACGUGGCCCUGGCAGUAUCUACCACCCCCGCUGUGCUGCCCACCAUGGACAUCCAGCCAGUGGGCACCCCGUUUGAAGAGCUCCCAUCUGAGAACCCCACCCCGGGGCCAGCCACCAGCCCCCCAGUGGUGACAGAGGUUGAAGAAGAGCCAAGCCAGAGAGCCACCACCAUCUCCAUUCCCACGGCUACCACUGCUGCCACGACCACAGGAGCCCCGACCAUGGCCACAGUGCCCGCCACCGUGGCCACUGCUGCCCCCAGUGUCCCUGCAGCAGCUCCCUCCACGGCCACCACCUCUGUCAUAAGGACCACCGGCACAUGGCGGCUUCUGCCUCUGCCCCUGACCACUGCAGCCACGGCCCGGGCCACGACCCCAGCAGCGCCCUCGCCUCCCACCACAGUGGCCGUCUUGGACACAGAGGCCCCAACACCCAAGCUGGUGAGCACAGCUACCUCCAGGCCAAGGGCCCUUCCCAGACCAGCUACCAGCGGAGAGCCCGACAUCCCGGAGAAGAGCACCCUACCGCUGGGGACCACUGCCCCUGGGCCUACGGAGGUGGCUCAGACUCCAACUCCAGAGUCCUUCCUGACCACAUUCCGGGAUGAGCCGGAGGCGCCAGUGAGUGGGGGGCCCAGUGGGGACUUUGAGCUACCGGAGGAAGAAACCACACAGCCAGACACAGCCAACGAGGUGGUGGCUGUGGGAGGGGCCGCAGCCGAGCCCUCACCUCCACCCGGAAGGCUGCCCAAGGGGGCCCCCCCAGGCCCCGGCCUGCUCGACAAUGCCAUCGACUCAGGCAGCUCGGCUGCUCAGCUGCCUCAGAAGAGCAUCCUGGAGCGGAAGGAGGUGCUCGUAGCUGUGAUUGUGGGCGGGGUGGUGGGCGCCCUCUUUGCCGCCUUCCUGAUCACACUGCUCAUCUACCGCAUGAAGAAGAAGGAUGAGGGCAGCUACACGCUGGAAGAGCCCAAGCAAGCAAGCGUCACGUACCAGAAGCCUGACAAGCAGGAGGAGUUCUAUGCCUAGUGGAGCCACAGUGCCUCCCCGUAGCUGCAGCACCGCCCUUCUGCCCAGUCCCCGGCCGGGACGGCCCCACCAGCCCUGGCUUGGGACUGGGUCUAAGAGGGAGCCUGGCCCCAGUUCAUCUCUGUCCACCCUCGCAAGGUCUGCCCAGGCUGUGCCCUUAAGAGCUCAUCUCACCCCUUCCUCCCUCUCCCGGCCCCUCCCUGUGCCCCCAGCAGCCUGGGGCUUCAGGACCUCACUCAGUGCAGGAGGAAGGAAGCUCCUGAUUGGCUGCCGGAAGGAGGGCUGGGGCUGAGGCUGGAGGCCCAACCUGGUGGCUGCUGGGCUGACUGUGGUCCCCUUUGGGGAACAGAGAGGCACUCAGCUGAUUUCUCGGACAAGCAUUUGGCAAGCUCAGCCCUUGAAAUCAUCGGCACUGCUCGCUCCUGCUCAGGGCUUCUGCCCGAGUGAGAUGGUACUCCUUGUCACCAGCCUGCUCUGCCCUGGUCUCCCCAGGGUUGUGGGUUCAUUCUCCAACCACCCCCUGCCCCCCAUGCACAGUCACCUCUUUUCCAAUCUGCCCCUGAGGAAUUGGCUUCCUGGGUGCUCUGGCCACUGGUAAGGGGGAAUGGUUGCUGUGCCCUCCCUCUUGCUAGUGGACUCUGUAUAGACACCAUGUCCCAUGAGGUCACCCACAAAGACAGAAGCACGCAGUGACAAAACCAUACACAAUCCCGCCCACCCAGCCAAUGAAGACAUGUUGGACACACGCAUUCUUCCAAAGAUGGUUACUCCCAUGUACUUCUCACACACCCCAGACACUAUGACAAUGCAACUCACCGUCACCCAGUGGCGGUGUGACCUGCCUGUCCCCCCUCCCCACCCUCCCACACCUUGGCACCACUCUGGCCUCCAGCUUCCAGUCUCACUGGGGAGGGUCAGAUAGAGCGGGAACAAUCAGCCCAUAUUGGGUCCCGAGUUGCCCGGUCACACUCAGCCCCUCGCCACAACACUCACACCAACUACACCACCCCAUCCGCUGUGCCAGCCCCCUCCCGCGGGGUGCUGCCCUCAUCCUGGAGGAGGGGUGGUGUGGUGGGGCAUUGCCACAGCCCUCAGGGCUCUGCACACCACUCGCGCCGGCUCCCUGCCUGCUCCCUGCCCGCUCCCUGCCCUCUGUAGCCCAUCAAGGGCUUAAGUCGGGGCCAGCCCCCCUCUAGCUGGGAGCCUUGCUGAGAAAAGCAGGCUGCUUCUGGAGCUGGGCCCCGGGAUGUGGGGGCUUGGGGCUCCCAGGGCCAGUGGGCUGGGUGGGGAGUGGCACACCGUGGGGCUCCCGGACCCCACCCCCCUCCUGCUCUGCGCUAGGGGCCAACUGCCUCCCAGGACACGUCUCCAAAGUGCCUGCGAGGGUGGGCCCUGCGGCCGGGCCCUCUGCACCCUCUCCCACCGGCCUUGCCAGGCCCACCUCAGCCCACCCUGGGUUCUCCCAGGCCCUCCCUGUGAACCCCUGCCUGCUGGUGUGGCCAAACAACCUGGCGGGUCUCUUGGCUGCGGCUGGGUGGCCCUGUCGCUGGAAGCACCCACCAGGUGCCAGCCCAGGCCCAGGGCUGAGCUGGAGGUGGGGUGGGGGUGCACAGGCCCCAGCCCUCCUCUCCCUUUGUUACCCUUGUAAGUGGGGCCACUUCCAUAGAUAUUUUAAGUGUGGGGGUCACAGAUCUCCUUUGGGGGAGGUUAUGUUUGUUGGGGGUUCUUGUAGCCAAGGAAUGUGGUCUGAGUUGUGGUUGGCUGGUGCUUACACCCUUACCCCUUACCCACAACCCCAGUACAAUCAGGAACCUGCUUUUUUGUUAUUUUUUUUUUUUUUCUGUUCCCUUUCAAGACUUCCUGGCAACAGACUUCUGCAGGGUGAGGGAUGGCGGUGCCCGAGCAAGGCUGCCAGGAGCCUCCCACAGCCUGCUCUUCCCACCAUCCUGCCUCUAGGCUGGGGCAUUUUUCAGACCCCAAAGGGCCCCUCCGCAGGGCCUGGGGGCUUGGAGGAGCCGAACAGGUCUAGCCCAGCUGUUGAGAGGGUGGGCGUGGGGGAGAGGCACCAUGGCCCCAGUGGGGAUGUGCCCUCACCUGCACCCCUGGAGCAGACGGGGGCACAAGGGUGGAGAAGGCGAAAGUCCCAGCCUCCCUCUACCUGCCCCGGGCGGCUGCUGUCUGGGGCAGCAGCUCUGGUGAGGAGGCCUGGGCAGACCAAGGCUGAGAAACCAGAGCAUGGAGGAGAUGGGGUGUGGGUCCCCAAGGAAGCUGGGCUGUGUGGGAGCCCCUGCAGUGGGUGCAGCCUCUGUGUGCAGUCCCAAAGGGGUGCCCCUACCUGGGACUGGAGCUUGGAGUGGGGGCGGAGUCCAGGCUGGCACAGGUCCGGGUUUAGGCAGGCGGUGAGGGCUGGGAAGGCCUGUGUGCCCCAGCCUGGCCCCAGCAGGCCCAGCCUCUCACAGCCUGAGAGUUGGCUCAGGGCUUGGGACUUUGUCUCUUCUCGGUAUCAUUAGAAGAGGCCCGGUGUGACCAUCAUAGAGCCCUGGACUCCAGCCAAAUGUGCAGGGUUUAGCCUGAUGAAAUUUAUCAGCCCAAACCCACCCUUGCCGGCCACACUCCCCACGAGAGGUUGGUUAAAAGGAGCUGGAGCUCCUAGGUACAUUGGGUGCAGCCGAUUCCAAAGGAGAGGGAGCCCGUGUGGCUUGAGUACCUCUUAGGGAGUUGGGGGCUCGCCCACCCCCUAGCUGGGAUUUCCAGAGCCCGGGCUUUGUCUCCGUGGGGACCACAAGGGCUGCCUCUCCUGAAAGGCUGGUCACCUUGAUUGUGGAGGCGAUAGGUGGCAUUGGGGCCGGCUGGGGAGUCUGCGGGCAGUGGCUCGGGAUGCUGGGGCCGGACUCCCUGGGGUUGGCAAAGCCACCUCUCCAGACCCCUAGGCUGGGGCCUGGGUGUGGGGCAGACCCCUCUGCCUCUGGGGCGGGGGUGGCUGCCUCCUCCUUGGCUCUCCUGAACUUCUGAUAGACAGCUGCCAGCCUGGAUUUGCCUUCUCAGGCCUCCUGCCUGUAAAUAGAAGCCCACAAACUGUGUACAGAUUUACAGAGACGCCAAGACUGGGUCAGGAGUCGCCAUCUAAGGGCUGAUGACCCCAGCACUCCAGGCGCCCCCGAUGGCUCGGUGUGGCAGCCCCAGCGUGGCGAAUGCAUGUAAAUAUUCCGUAGGCAGCGCGGCUCCAGAGAGCCCCCGAAGACAGUGUCCCUCCUGUGUGUCCUUUCUCCUGUACAGACCCCCGCCCCCGCCCCCCCCACUUCCCCGAGAACCUGGCCUGGUGGGGGUGGGCGCUUGUCCUUCCCUCCCCUGGGUCUUCCCUGUCCUCCCCCCACCCCAACCUGUUUAUUAACCACACCUGUCCUGAGUUCAUGGCCAAAACUUUGAAUAAGAAAAAGCGGAGGAAAAAGACUGGAAAAAGCAACUGAGGCACCUGCCCCUCGCGGGUCCUCACCUGUCCCAGCCUUGUGAAGGAACUGUUUGGGUUUCUGUUCGUUUUGUUUUGUUUUUGUUUUUUAACACUUCCCGUGCUGUGCCCAUUUAUAAGAGGAAAUAAAAUUAAGCUGAAAUGAU